CUGCAUGAUGUGACCAAGGCCCCGCGGGACACCCGUGGCAGGGCGGAGGGACAGGACCGACCCUUGUGCCGUGGCAGGUGUGGCCGCCGUGCCGCUAUGGAGAGGUACCACGUGCUGGAGGUCAUCGGCGAGGGCUCCUUCGGGCGCGUGUACAAGGGGCGCCGCAAGCACAGCGCCCAGGUGGUGGCCCUGAAGUUCAUCCCCAAGCUGGGGCGCUCGGAGAAGGAGCUGAGGAACCUGCAGCGGGAGAUCGAGAUCAUGCGGGGGCUGCACCACCCCAACAUCGUCCAGAUGCUGGACAGCUUCGAGACUGACAAGGAGGUGGUGGUGGUGACGGACUACGCGGAGGGGGAGCUCUUCCAGAUCUUGGAGGAUGACGGCAGCCUGCCUGAGGAGCAGGUACAGGCCAUUGCCGCUCAGCUGGUCUCGGCCCUCUACUACCUGCACUCCCACCGCAUCCUGCACCGUGACAUGAAGCCCCAGAACAUCCUGCUGGGCAAAGGCGGCGUUAUUAAACUCUGCGACUUCGGGUUUGCCCGGGCCAUGAGCAUCCACACUCUGGUGCUGACAUCCAUCAAGGGCACGCCGCUGUACAUGGCGCCUGAGCUGGUGCAGGAGCAGCCCUACGACCACGCGGCUGACCUGUGGUCCAUGGGCUGCAUCCUGUACGAGCUGCUGGUCGGGGCGCCCCCCUUCUACACCACCAGCAUCUUCCAGCUCGUCAGCCUCAUCGUCAGCGACCCCGUCAGGUGGCCCAAAAGCAUGAGCCCCCCCUGCAAGAGCUUCCUGCAGGGCCUGCUGAUAAAGGACCCCUGCCAACGCCUGUCAUGGCCGGAGCUGCUGGGCCACCCCUUCCUUGCCGGACAUGUCACCAUCAUCGAGGACACAGAGGAGCAGGGGAUCCCCAACCCCUUCACCAGCAAGCUGCCUCCGGAGCUGCAGGCAUUGAAGGAGAGGCAAGCCCACUCUCUGGCCCCUCGGCGAGGCCAGUCCAAGAUCCUGCGGAAGGCAAGGCAGAGGAUGGCCGAGGAGACCAGAAGAAAGCAACAGGCAAAGACGGAGUCAACAGGCAGACAGGACCCCAGUGGCAAAGGGGGGCCAGGCCCCAGGCCUAGAGCAGCCCCCGUGGACGGGCCCCGCACCACCCAGGGACCGGAGCCGAGCAGGACGGAGUGGGAGGUGGACGAGCUCCCCCCAAUGCCAGGGGAGCACUGCAUUACCCAAGACUACGAGCGGGAGUUCCCAGGGCUGGGGGCCCCCCCACCACCGGGGACAGGCAAAGCAGGGCGCCGUGGCCGCCGCAGCAUCGAAGCUGUAGCCCUGGAGAACGAGGAGCUGGACAGCGAUGAGGAGUGGCAGCACCUGGUGGAGGCCACAGAGCCGUCCCGGCUGCAGCUGAGCGCACCCCUGAGCCUGCUGGGGGACCCCGGGUUCCCGCCACGCCUGCGUGCCCGCAUGGACCAUGUCAGCCAGCAGGUGUUGGAGGGGAUGCUGGAGGGGGCGUCCCGGUUGCGCCCCACACUGCGUGUCAUAGGGAACCUGCUGUCCACCCGCUGUGACGCCGCCCGGCUGUACGACCUCUGCCGGGAGCUGGAGCUGCCGCGUGUCCUGCUGGGCCUGGCAGGGCAGGUCCUGGACAGUGUUGGCAUUAUGCAGCAACCCUGGAGCAUCACAGUGCUGACAGACCUUGUCAUUGUGACAACGGGUUAUUUUACCAGUGAUUUCAACCAGGAGAGGAGCGUAGCAAGGGGAAGCCUGGAGACCUUUGUUGAGGCCUCCCACCUCUUCCUGGCCCUGCUGCCCAGAUUGCUUUGUCAACCCAUGGAUGGCGAGAGGCGGCUUCAGCAGCAAAGUGUCAUGGGCUUCACCUUGCUGUGUGAGAGCAUGGACGGCAGCUGCUCCUCCAUUGCCACCUCCUUCUACACGGGGCUGUGUGCUGAGCACCACCUCCUCCUGGAUACGCUCCUCCAAGGGGCCUCUGGCGAGUGGCCCAUCCCGGCGGGCUCAGUGAAGGAGGCCAAGACCACACAGGAGCAGAGCGAGCACCUGGCUGACAUCUUCAUGGCAGCGCUGGCUUCGGCGUGCAGCAUCCCACUGGGGCGUGGUGGGUGCUGGGAGGCCAAGAAGCAGGUUGCCCAGCACGUGGCCCAGAUGCUGGCCGAGACUCCCCAGGUCCUGGGGCAGCUUCUGGAGAGGCUGGAGCGCCCAACCUGCUCCCUGAAUGGGCUCAAGAUCCUAUAUGCUGCCUGCCACGUCAGCCAGAGCCUGUGCCGCCUCUUGGAGAUGGAGCCACGAGUGCCAGGGGCCUUGGCACAACUGCUGAAGGGAGAGGUCCCAAUGCCAGAGCUAGUGCGGGGACAGGCUCAGGAGGCCACCCUGCACCUCCUGUCUCUGCUCACCCUGCAGCUCCAGGCACCCCCACCCGGGCUUGAUGUGGUGGCACUUGAGGCUGGCGAGCUCUUCACCCAUUCGGCUGUUGUCUCCCUCGUGAGCGCCGCAGGUUUCUUGCUGACUCAGCUCUGCCAGCACGGGGUGGCUGUCGAUCUUGGCAGGGAGGAAGCCACGGCGGCUCUAACCAACGCUCUCACUGCCCGUGCCCAGCUGUGUCUCCCGCCGCCGCUGGGUGCUGGGCUCUAUGAUGGACUCCUCUUCUUCCUGCUGGAGCUCCUGGCCCAGGAGGAGGGGUCGGGUGCGUGGGGCUUUGCCGGCUCGGAGCUAUGGGACAUCAUGUGGCACCGGGUUGCUGCGGCCCUUGGCUUGGCCCGUGGAGAGCCUGAGAUGGAGAGUGAGAUGCCUCGGCCUGGCCAGCCCACCCCAGAGCCAGACUGGAACCUCAUCUCCCCUCAAGGGACCCUGCUGUUCGUCAACCUGGCGCUCCUCGUCUUCACCCGGGAGCCUCACCUCUGCCUUGGGCAGCUGGCCCAGGCCAGCAGCCUUACCCUGGCCACCCUGAGCAAGCUGCUGUCUCCCGACUUCUUGCUUCGCUUGACCCAGAUGCAGGCAGGUGAGGACGGGGACCGUGGGCUGGUUGCUGCUGUAGUGCUCCAGACUUGCCAGCUGUUGUGUUUCCCCUUCGCCUUGGAGGUGGAUGAGGAAACCCUGGCGCGGGUAGUGGAGGCCGCAAGCGAGGCUGAGAUCCCUGCCCAUCUGCUGCAGGCUUGCUGCCACCACCUGCCCCUGCCAGCCACGGAGCUGCCACUGAGCCUCCUCUGCCACCUGGCCCUGCGCGAUGAGCGGGCAGUGGGGCAGUUUGUGGCCAUGGCAGUGGAGCCGGCUGUCGCCUUCCUGUCAGCCAUCUUGCUCGGCACCCAUGCCCAGCCCACACACCAGCUGCUGGCCCUACUGGCCCAGGUGGCGCGGGCCAGUCCUGCACACCUGCCUUUCCUCCACGACCUGCUGGGUGGCUCCGACGGCACUGGCCAGGUCCUGAGCCGCCUGCUGGGCCACCCAGAGCCCCUGGUGCGUGCCGGCUCCUGCAGCCUUGUGGGCAACCUGCUGCGGCACAAGUCGGGGCUCCCCGGGGGCCAGGCCGGGCCGCUGGAACGGCUGCUGGAGCUCCUGGGUGACCCUGAUGGGGCUGUGCGCAGGGCGGCUAGCUUCGCUGUGGGCAACGCGGCCUACCAGGCUGGCGGGCUGGUGCAGGGCUUGGCCCAGGCUGUGCCCUGCAUGGUGCGGCUGCUGGGAGACCCCCAGGCCAGGACCCGCAGCAACGCUGCCUCGGCCCUGGGCAACCUGGGGCGCAACUCAGCCAAGCUGGCAGACGUGCUCAUCCAGAACAAGGUCCCCCGACUCCUGCUGCACCGUGCCUGCCAUGACUCCCAGCCCAUGGUGAGAGAAGCUGCCCUCAUCGCCCUGCGGGCCCUCAGCCGCCAGCCUGGGAUACGCCAGGUGCUGGUGUCUCUCAAGGCAAGCGAGAAGCUGGGGGCCGCAUCCCUCGAUGGGUUCCAGGCCAGUCUCUCCCGCAGCCCCCGCCCUGCCUCGGCCCGGCACUGUGAGAAACUCAUCCAUCUCCUCCGGCCCACACACAGUGCCUGAGGGGGCCGGAUCUGCCCGCUCCGGGGAGACACUCCAGAGCCUGCCCAGACUCAGGGACGCCACCUUGCUCAUCUCCUCAGGAUGGCCCAGAGCACUGGACACCUGAGCCAUCAAGAGCUGAUAGAGAGUGUUCCCGUGAGGACUGGGGACACCCAGGGCAUGGAGAAGAGGAACUGAAAUGCCUCCUUUCCAUCGCGGUACCAGGAGGCAGGGAGAUCCUGGCCCUGAGCGGGUCCCCGCUCGCAGCUUUGUCCUCUCAAGAGGCCUUGUAGCCCCAGGAUGUGCCUUCAUGUCCCCUAGUCCAGCCAGGGUCUCCUUGGUCUCUGUCCCUCACAGAAGUGCCCAGUCCCGUGGGCUGAGCAUGGGGAGUCAAGGUUUCAUUCAGCAGGGAAGAGCCCAAGUCACUGUGAGACAGGGACUGUGCUCCACACAUGUCCUGCCCCAUUUCUGGGGUCUCACAGCAGCCUGGACAAGUCAGGAACCGCUGUCAGCAGCUGAGGGUGGGAAUCGGAGUCUCAUCCCCACCGCAGCUGGGCUGGGGAUGGUCUCCCUGGCUCAGGUGGGACGGCGGGUGCAGCUGCUGGGCAGGACAGGGACGGACCCCUGGACAGUCAAGUGCUGCUGGGGGAAGCUUUUUAUUCCCCAACUGGGAGUAAUAACGGUGCUUAAGUUACACAGCCCAGUUCCCCUCCCCUUAGACCCCCUGUGCCACGUCCUCCUGACGCGGGGGGGGGGGAGAUAUGGGGC